CCAAAACAGGGCGCUGUAACAAGCAUUGUCCGCCUUCUCGUCGGUGUUAGUACUACUGCACGUUGGUGGCCCAUCAACACAUCAUAAUCUAGUGUGCUUUGGGAUUGACUUCGGCUGCGCUAGACAUUUUAAUCAUGUCGGAGGAAGAAUAUGUAGUCGAGAAGGUUCUUGACAAGAGAAUCAGAAAUGGCAAGGUUGAAUACUUUCUCAAAUGGAAAGGAUAUGGUGAAGACGACAAUACAUGGGAGCCAAUGGAAAACCUAGACUGUCAGGAACUUAUUGAAACAUUUGAGCAAGAGCGAGCAAAGAAAGAAGCAGCUAAAAAGGAUAGUGUUAAGAAAAAAGCUACAAAUGGUUCAAACGAAGUGGCCCCUGCCAAAAGAACGCCACCUAAAAGUGCCAAGGAAGGCGGAAAACCAAAGGGCUUCGACCGUGGACUGGAGCCGGAAAAAAUUAUCGGAGCAACAGAUUCAUCAGGGGAGCUUAUGUUCCUAUUAAAAUGGAAAGGAGUCGACGAGGCCGAUCUUGUACCAGCCGCGCAGGCGAAUGUUAAAUGUCCACAGAUUGUAAUCAAGUUUUAUGAGGAACGGCUUACGUGGGCGCCUCCCGGUGGAAAUCGUUAGUCACAAGAACGAGCUCACAUCAAGUCUGACGAUUAACGUAUCGGAAGACCAAGGUCAAACAGCAGUAACAAUAACGCCUAUAAAUGCAGACGACCUGGAAAUGUGAUGCGUGCCAGCUUCGUCCACUUAUGUGAAACAAAAACAGUAUAAUAAUGCGAAUCAAUUUUAAGAUGCGUAAUGAAAGAUUUACAUUAAUUUAUACAUUUUGUAAAGACGCAAAAAACAUCAGUAGUAAGGCAACUUAUCCGUACACUCUAUAUCAGCGACCACUAGUUUAUGCAAGACAACCAUUGCGUUAUAAUGGAAUAUCUAACAGACAGAUUUUUCAUGGACAAGUGUUUUUGACUUAAGUGUGAUAAUUCCACAACAGGAGGUGGGGCUAGCUAUAACUGCUGAUCUUCAAACAUACGAACCCUUGAAGGCGAGCCACGAGAAUAGGCGCGAGUGCCAGUGGUCUUCUUUUUCUAUAGCUUAUAGUAGUAAGCAUUAUUGGGUUGUUGUCGUUAAUUCUUCAAAUUACUGAAAAAUAACGAGAUAAAGCUUUAGCCGUUUAUUUAGUUUCGCUACUUCAACCUUUCCCAAACACUAAUAAUACUAAGUAUCCAUGCAUGAUUUCCAUAUCACAACAAAUUAGUCUCUUAAGAAACAGUGUCGGCGUAUGGUUGUAUAAUUACUUGUAGCGAUUCCUCAUCGGUCAAUAAUUAUGAUCAAAUAACGGCGACGUCUGAUUAGGAAAUACAACCAACAGGAAAAACAUCGGCGGUGAAAUUGUAUUUUACAGUAAAAGUCGCCGUCGUCCCUUCUGACAGAAACACAUAUUUAGAAAAACAGCCUAGCUGUUACAUGUUUUUUUUUAGCUCAUUGAUUCGAGUUUGGUCAUCCUCAUCAGACAACAUAGAUGACCCGAUAAAAAGACUGCGUAUCAGACGCGAUCAAUGAUUUGCGGCCUGUACUACGAGUUGUAAAGGGCUAUUUGUUUCUAUUUUUAUUGUUGGCAACUCAUUGAAAGUUGCUGUGUUCACAUAUGUUUCGCCACUAUAGUUAAAACCUUCAAAUUCGUUUUGACAGAAAUAGUGUAAAUUUACUUGUGGCGCGUAUUUGUCACCUCCACAGCAGAAAAAUAUAUUCUAUAACGUUACGCGUGCGAAUCGUGAAGCAGUUGGUUGUAUUUUAAUUGGAGGUGAUGGCCAGUGCAACAGUGAAGUACCCUUAAAGUUAUUACUUUUCAAGAGAUACGCUCAUAUAUAUAUAUAUAUAUACAUAUAUAUAUAUAUAUAUAUAUAUGUUCAAGUGACAAAGGAUGGCUAGUUUACCUCUACUGUCGGGUAAAACUGAAAUCGCCGUUCUUCGGCUUGAACUAGCGCCUAGAUCCAGUUAAUGUGUUGGAGACCAGAAGGGUGAAGCAAAAAAAGGAAUGUAAAAAUUGUGUAUAAUUAAAAUAGAGGCAAAGACCGAUAACAGGCGAAAUAACAAAACACCUUUGUAGCCUGAUAUGAGCUUGGAGGUCAGCGGGAAAUUCCAGCAGACAUAGAAAAAAACAGCUAGAUUAAGAAGAGCUGUCUGAUCAUUGCACCUGAUCAGUACUGUUUAUAGCAGGGCUGGAAGAGAUAACACUGGAAGUACACAAGGUAACCAUAAAGACCAAUGCAAGCAAGUGUCGAGUGAACAAGUUGCUGUGUAACAGAGGCAAGGUGAAUAAUAAUACAAUGGAAAAUAAUAACAUAUUUAACUAUAUGAGGUAGGUAGCGUAUAUGGUUCGAAACAAAUUAAGGAAAAAUGAAUUACGAGUUUUAAUGAAAUGAUGAGUACAUAAGUGCUUUCUUUCGGGUAACUUCACAGAAGGGAAAAAUCUGUUUCUGUUUGCGUUGUCCUUAGGAAUGGUAAUAAUAGAAAUAGCAUAUACAAGCGAUACGAAAUUUACACUUUAUACGAAAAACACACGCGUGUUGAGUGAGUAUUGCAUAAAAAUGUCACCUAAAACAGCUCAUUCUGUCACCGUAAUGCAAGAAAUGUCAGACGUUUCCCGCUGUUUCUGUCUUCAAGUUUUGAGAAAAUAUAUCAUGAAUAAUUUAUAUAUCGAUGACAAUGGAUGGGAAAAUAAAGGAUUUAAACAGAAUGCUUUGUGGUUUUUAUAAUCUCUUAUGGCUUUUCAACUGUACCAACCACAUGAACUUUGAAUUUGUUUAAAAAAGUAAGGUCGUAGUGGGUUUGGCAUAGGUUUUUUUAGGCAUAUUUUAAUAAAUGUUAUAUUUGGCAUAGUGUUGCUAUGUGCGCAUUAAAUAUGAAGUUAAAUUGGAUAAGAUCGUUCUUCUGCAAUUCUUGUGGAUGUCUUGUUUAGUUCUCACUUAAUAAAACUGUCGGCAACUGCGAAAGGGCUGUGCAUGAAUGUUGUAAAUGUUUCGACGCUUGCAGAAGAUUGAAUUUGAGGGUAAUUUUAUAGUGUCAUCUGAAAUAUUUGCGAGUUAGUAAAACAUGAUUCAUAUUUUUGAAGAGUACAUUUUAGUGGAGACAAUCUUUUCUGCUAUAGGAGACGUAAUGCUUGUUAAAUGUAAUCGCAAGCUUGUUAAAUUAACAAACUUGCGAUAGCUUGUUAAAUUAACAAACUUGCGAUAUAUUUAAUAACAUAUAAACUAUCUAAGCGAAGAUUCAUGUUUUGUGGUUAGAUGAACACUUUCCAAAAGGUACAUCCUUUCUGCUGUGCGUGAAGCACGUUGAAUAGCGAAGUACAUCUGAGCUGCUUUUAUUUGGAAUUUGUAAACUGAAUUCGAUUUUCGUUUUUACUAUUGAGUAGGAAAAAUAGAUUUUUCCGCAACUGCUUACAGUUGAUGGAAUUGAAAAACUUGAAAAAUACGGUUUGUCAAUGUACACUGGAUUAAUGUUUUUUUAAAGUGUGCUUACAGGCUUUUAUAAAAGAGUGUUUGAGGAUUUGAUUAAUUUGAGCUAUCGCAGCGUGUAGUUUACAUUCUUUUGUUGCACGCAUUUUUUUCCGAGAUAGUUUGUCCAUGAAACCUAACAACAGAUUGAAUCAUCUUUUGGAAAUCCGUUCGAUAACUGGUGACAAUUUGUGAAAGAAUAAUACACUGUAGAAGGGAACGGGGUUUAAACGAAUUCGGCUGCCACAACGAGCAUUCCUAAGUCUGUAAAACACAACCCACCGACAAUGAGACGUGCUUCAGUGAAGUUUUUACCUUAAAAUUUUAAUUAUCUAAUAACACAAAAUAAGUCCAUGUUACUCUAAACAUACUGAGAGAACAAUGACGCGCAAAAGACAUUGCUUUCUAAAUAUACGUAUUGUUUAGUUAUAUCCCAGUAUAAUUAUACUUAUUUUACCGAAAAUUGAAAUUGUCAUUUAGGUAGUGUCGUUUCCUCUACCUCAAUCCUGCAAGCUAACUUAAACCUGAUAAUGCAACAAACCGUCAAGUACCCCGAAAACUGGCGAUUAGAAAGCAUAUUCCGAACUCUGCUGCUGCUGAGUAAUUUGGUUACGCAAAUUAUAAUAUAGAAAUCACGCCACAUGCAAAUAUUUUUUAGGGAGAUUUUUUAUUAAAUUCGUUUGUGCUCUUAUAAUGUUAUCACCAUUCUCCACUUCGAACGAUAUGCAAUUACUUAGCAAUAAUCGUUUUUACGUUUCUCAUUUAUCGUUGAUAGUAUUUGGUACAUAUUUCGCUUCUAGUAAUGCACCUAUAGACUCAUUUCAUAACAAACUCUUUUCCACCUGUCAGUUGUUCAGAAUUUUGGUUAGUUAUUCAUAAACACCGAGAGUGAACAUCCUAAACUAACGACAGUAACAUUACUAUGUCAAGAGCUUUUAAAGCUUGUAUUGUUGCCUCUAACAACUAUUCGCAGUAUCUGAACACCGGUAAAUUAUGAAAUGGCAAAAUAUAAGCCUUGCGAAAAAAUACUUUUUUGAAAAUUUCUGUUGUUAGAUUCUCGUGGGGCGAAACUCGUAUAAACUCAAUAAUUUCGUUCGGUCUAGAUUAAUGGGUAGUGUCAUUAUAUUUUUAGAUGAUCAUAAAGAAUUACACACAAAUGCUCCAAAGCGAUAUUGUCUUCCAGUGCCCAACCCGUAUGUAAAUAUCUGAACGGUGGUAAUGUUGAAAAACUAUUCGCUCUUUUGAGGACAUACACUCUCUGCUUACCAGGACUGAAACAAAAUCGCACAACACCCUUGGAUCUACUGUUCCCUAACCACACUACAUAAAACAUGUUAGGGUAAUUCUAAGGCGGCUUAGAGGGCCCGCCAAUCGUCAAUCCUUGGCAAGUCAAAAAAAUAAGCACAAGAAGUAUAAAACACUUUAAUACUAUAUCUGAACUUUCCAUGAUAUGAUACAAGGUGAUUGGUUAUAUCAAAUAGUGACACGAUCAACCAAAUGAAUUAAGAUUAUUGAGCGCAAAUAUAAGUUAAAGAAACGCUGAUAGAUUGCAAGACACGCGUACUGUCGCUAAUCAUUGGAUUCUUAACGUCGUAAGAUUAAUCCUUUGCAAAAUCUAUAUAUGGUAUUUUAUUCAUCUAAUGUACGCAGAAUUUCAUGAAGAAAAUCAUUAUAAUCUUCGAUGUAUGUAAGGAGUUUUUGUGCUAUAGUCUAAUAUACGCGUUAAAAAAAAAUUAUAUACUAGAAAUAUGUACUUACACUAGUUUAAAAUACAGACCUCGAUCCCGUCCCGCUCAAGGCUCAUAGAAUACCACUUCAGACAAAUUUCAAUAAAUGGACAAGGAUAAAAGAAAAUACUAGUCUAACUAUUUCUAGAUAGCAUAUUUACACAAAUUAGUUAUAGCCAGCCCACCGCGCACAAUUAUGCUUAACUUCACAAUUAUGCACAAUUAGUAAAGACGAACUUUGAUAUGGUUUUCGAGACCUUCUUCCGUCAAAACAUAACCUACCUCUACUGCUAACCUCUAAUAAUUUCAAAAGAGAGGCAUGUCAACGCUAUCACUACGUAUCUACAACGCAAUCGCAAUAAAGUUAAGCGUAUUCCGUUGACUGGUCAGUGGAAUCGUCAUUAUUGUCGCUAGCGAUCUGAAGGUGUGUUUUGCUUCAUGCAUCAAAGUAAAGAUAUUACGUACCAUUGAGAAUAAUGCGAUCUUCUAGAUGAGGAUAGACAACCAGGGGAUUCCAGCAGAUAAUCAUCUAAUAUAUAUCUACUCUGCAAAAAAAUUAUGAAUUGGUAUAGUUGGAUGUGACGCUUUGGCGAGCAUUCAAAAAUAGAACGUGAUGAAUUCUGUUCUUCUAGGCAACUAAAUAGUAACAGAACAUAGAUUUAAUGAUAUGUAUAUGAUUUGUACCAUUUUUCCAACCUCAAACAGCAGUAAAAAUGCAUGUUGAAAUCCCUACUCAACGUGUUUAACUUUUCCCAUUUUUAUGUAAACGUGGUAUCUCACAGAAAAUUGUAUAGAGAAAUAAUAAUGGCCUAAAGUACCUAUUUACUGCUAAAACUGUUUUGUCAAUUAGACAGGCACAAAUCGUAGCACACAAUACUUUUAUAGCACUUAAUGCGAAGAAGCUAGUGAAACUAUUAUUAUAAGCGACAUCAUAUGAAAACGAUACUCCCAAAUUAAUUUCUAAAGUGUCCGCUGUUCGUUUUGAUAAAGUCUAGUUAAUAAAUUAGUAUGUUUUUAUGAUUUAUGCAGUAAAUAAGACAAAAGCCGUUAAUGCUAUACAAUUCAUUAUGAUUGUACAUGAAGUCACUUAACAGCUUCAAAAAUUGAGAGACAAUACACGAAUAACAAGUGAUGCUGAAAGGGGUGUUUUAGCACAAAUCCGUAUGUAUACCCAUUGUCACAAUUUAUAAAAAAUACUUAGCUUUUAAAUAGAUAAAAGGACGUAGGGACUGCUGAAUUUUUGAACUAGAUUGAUGAAUCUACUUUUGAACUGAUAGUUCGCAUUAUUACACUCAGAGUGGACCACGCACCUACAGUUGAAAUGCGAAAGGCGCUUUGCAUGACCACUUCUUACACAAAUGUUUUGUUGCCAAAACGCAACGAAGUUCCAUGUAUUUACCUGCUGAAUACGGAGCGCGAUUAUGAUAUUUACUUUUUUGCAUAGAAAAUAUUGUGAAAAAUAUAAUUAUAAUAAUAAAAAAUAUAAAUAAAUAAUCAAACAGAACUGUCUAUAAUUUAAAUCGCGUAAACUAGUAAGAGAGGCCCUAUGAUAAAUAAUAUGCACCAGAAAUGAUGGGUCAAGCAUGCAUGAAUUUUAUCCUAAUAAAGAGAAUAACAAUGGGGUAGAUAAUCAAUAAAUGAAUGAUUGCCCUACUGAGUUCAAGCGUUUGAAUUAGAAAAAAAAAGUGCUGCUAAAGAUAUUAAUGUGAAAUAUCAUAAAACACGAAGAAUGAGUUAGAACAAUAGAAAAAUAUAACUUCAUUGCUGACCAACAUGUUAUAUUUUAGUGAUUUUCAUUUAUUAUUUUUUUAUUAGAGAUAAUAGUCUAAGUAAUAAUCUAUAAACACCAAAACUCCGUGCUCGACAUGUAUGAACGACCUUCCCUUUCCCACUAUGCUUUAUGUUAUCUGAGGGCACAUCUAAGCACUGUACAAACUAUUGAAGCAGUUUACUCUAUUUGUAUACACUGAAACCGAGCUACCAUGUACGUAAAAAAAAGUCAAAAUUGGACAUAAAAAACAUUUGAACUACGCUAUUUAAUAUCGCCCUAGUAAAACGAUGUAUAGUUAACCCUUGUAAGCAACUUACAGCUAGGAUAUAUCACUUUGUGUGUGUACAGAAUGUAUAUUGUAUUAGAGUUAAGUGGUUUGGAUCGGCAACUUAUAAUUCAUACAUUCAGUGACUGGUUGACUAAUCACGGAAACGUUAGUCUUGAAAGAUCGCUUACAUAACAGUAAAAAAAAUAUAUAUACGUAUGUGUAUAUGUAUUCGUAUACGUGUACGACUCUCGACAUCAACCCAAUAUAUCUUCAGCAUGCUUAAAAUGUACAAUAUCACUUGUUAAAAACACUGGCUGAAUUGUAUAUUUCUUUUGGUAGAUAUUCUUCAACUGUCGCUAUUAUGCCAAACUCUGUCCGCAACGAAUUUAUCUUUAUAGUGAUAACUUUAGUCGGAACUAAAGGAAGAAGUAGACGAAAAGGAUUUGGCUGUCCACUUCGCAAAUACACCUCAACCUGCGGCAGCUCUAGAACGAAAUGCGAAAGAAAUAUUUAAUUAGGCUCACACAGUUUGUCAUGGAAUUGUUAAACUGAUUUAUACUGCCGCAGGAUAGACUCGGUAAACGAAAUAGUGCUUAAAUGUAAAA